CACGCACAGCCGGACUCCUCUCUCUCCACCUCUGGAAUCUCCUCCUGUCUCUGCGUUCCCUGCUGCUACCUCUCCCUGCACCUUCUGAGACUCCCUUUCUGCUGUCCCCCUGGUUCUCAAGCACCUGUUGGACCACAGAGACAGUCGGCAGUCGGGAAGUCCAGUGCCAGGGGAGACGUGUGUGAAUGAGGGGCCGGAGGGGUGACCGGAUGACCAUCAACAUCCAGGAGCACAUGGCCAUCAACGUGUGCCCUGGCCCCAUUCGACCCAUCCGGCAGAUCUCUGACUAUUUUCCUCGGCUAGGGCCUGAGGGUGGCGGGAGUGGAGCAGGCCCCUACCCCCAGCUGUCUCCAGGGACUGGGGCUGCAGCUACACCCAGCCUAACCCCCCUGGCUCUGUCCCCUGGGGCUGGUAUUCGAGGGGCUGGGGCCUCUGAGGAGGGGGCUGAAGUGGACAGCUAUGACUCAGAUGAUACCACUGCCCUGGGUACCCUAGAGUUUGACCUUCUCUAUGAUCAGGCAACUUGCACUCUCCAUUGCAGCAUCCUCAGGGCUAAGGGUCUCAAACCCAUGGACUUCAACGGCCUGGCUGAUCCCUACGUCAAACUACACCUCCUACCAGGGGCGUGCAAGGCCAACAAGCUGAAGACCAAGACUCAGAGGAACACACUGAACCCUGUGUGGAAUGAAGACUUAAUGUACCGGGGGAUUACCGAUGAGGACAUCACCCGAAAGGUGCUCAGGAUCUCUGUUUGUGAUGAGGACAAGUUAAGCCACAAUGAGUUCAUUGGGGAGACCCGGGUACCACUUCGCCGUCUCAAACCUUCCCAGAAGAAGCACUUUAACAUCUGUCUGGAGCGACAGGUCCCGUUGGCAUCACCUUCUUCCAUGACAGCUGCUCUGAGAGGUAUUUCCUGUUACCUGAAAGAGCUGGAGAGAGCAGAGCAGGGCCAAGGCCUGCUGGAGGAGCGGGGACGAAUCCUGCUCAGGCUCACCUAUAGCUCUCAGCGCCAAGGGCUGCUUGUGGGUAUUGUUCGAUGCGCCCAUCUCGCAGCCAUGGAUGUCAACGGCUACUCAGACCCCUAUGUCAAGACGUACCUGAGGCCAGAUGUUGAGAAGAAAUCAAAGCACAAAACAUCAGUGAAGAAGAAAACUCUGAAUCCUGAGUUUAAUGAGGAAUUCUUCUACGAGAUGGAGCUCCCGGCUCUGGCCACGAAGACCUUAGAGGUCACUGUCUGGGACUACGACAUUGGCAAAUCUAAUGACUUCAUUGGUGGAGUGUCCUUGGGUCCCAAUUCACGGGGAGAGGCUCUGAAGCACUGGGGGGACUGUCUUCGGCAACCAGAUGCGACCCUGGAACGUUGGCAUACCCUGACCAGCGAACUGCCCCCUGCUGCUGCCUCCUUCUCCGCCUAGGACCCCAGUCAACCAGCCCCAUGACACAGGCUACUUCCUAACAGAGGAAGCAAGAGAACAUGGGAAACCAGGGGCUUCAGUUGGGUGCCUUCUCCUCUUCACUCCUGGAAAGGGAAGAGGGUGGAAGGGGUGGGAAGAAGGAAUCCAAACUCUCUAUCAUCUCAAUGGGCUCAGGAAAAGACAGAAAAGUCCACCUGUUUCAGCCCUGGGAAGAGAAGGGAACUUGGUACCCAGGCUGUUUUCCAGAAAAAGGCCCUUAAGAACCUUAGCAAGAGUGGGAGAAAAGGGGGGGCAAGGAAGAGCCCCUUCUUGGGGGGGGGAACCACAGGGCCAUGUGAUUGUCACUCAACUUCGCACGAGUGUGUUGCACGUUUACAUGAGGAUGGGUGUGGGAGAAGUUUCUCCCUCUCCCCCCUCAACACUUCUUGUCUUAUUUUGUGAGAUUCACUUUGUUACUGUGGGGA